CCUACAAUGCUAUUGAGCACGUUCCAGACAAAUUUCUCAGCAAGGAAGAGCUGUAAGUUUCAACCAUUGAAAAGGUUCUUUCCAAGAAAAAAGAGAACCAUGAUCUACCAGGGGAAUAUGAUCACCACUCUGAGGUUUCAACAACAGCAGCAGCAGCAAAUGCAAGGAGGAGACUUGACCUGGCCAAUCAAUCACACAAGCGAUAACACAGCUAGCCUGAAUGGCACUCUUUUGCUCAACUCGUCUUCGCAUUUCCUGAAUCCUUGCGCCACUGCUGCUGCUCCUGCGUCUGACGAUUAUAAUCUCACCAGAACACCAUCGCCAUCGUCGAGCGGCUGGGUCUAUUUCAGUGGCAGCGCUUCUCAGCUAAGUACUCAUCACUAUAACUCGUCCAUGGUCGCUGCUCCAAGUAGCUUGCUAGAAGCACAUCAGCUCCAACACUACGAGCAGCACCAGGAGCACUUGAAACGAUCACCGGAGCAGCCCAUCAACCAAUCCGGCAUGAGGAUUGGACUGGAUUUGGGUAGGAGAACGUACUUCUCCACGGAAGACGAUUAUUGGCCAGAGAAGGACGUGAUGGUGGCGCUGCUGGCAAGCAAGCGACCGAGGCUAGUAGAUCAUGGUCACCUGGAGUUACUCGCUUCUUCUUCAGUGGUAUCACAGCCAAUGCCUGGUCCUCUAUGCCAAGCUCUGGGCUGUAGAGCGGAUCUAAGCACCGCCAAGCACUACCACAGGAGGCACAAAGUCUGUGAGAUGCAUUCCAAGGCCUCCACGGUCACUGCUGCCAACGGCGAGACCCAGCGCUUUUGCCAGCAAUGCAGCAGGUUCAUAAUCGUUUCUAUAGUUUUACUUGAAGUCGGUUUUAUAACUUGUUCUGACACUCGUCUCCUAUAUGAGUGAAUGCUACUACAGGUUUCAUGCACUGUUGGAGUUUGACGAGGGCAAGAGGAGUUGCCGAAAGAGGCUAGCGGAUCACAACCGUAGGCGGAGGAAGCCCCAGCCUCGAGCUUCUUCAGAAGACGAGAACCAUGGACCUUGCAAAGGCCCCGCAGAUGUAGAAGAGAGCUCCAAACGCAAAAAACACUACGAACACUGGUGAAACCAUAACCAUAGAAUUUCAACUCGAAAACACCCACUGACUAUCUUUCAUAGGCGACACAACGACAACAAACUUUCCUCAAAGCAGGUCAACGCCAGUCGUCGAAGGGGAGACCGAACAAUCUUUUUGAGAUUGGAAUCAAAGAGAAUAUGUCAGCAUUAUAUACUUUAGCAGUCUGGGCUUUUGCAGUGAAUCCAGAGCACUACUCUUCCCCAAAGAUAUGCCUGGCAUGAAAAAGCAGCUCAAAUUAUUUCAAAAGACAGCCAACUUUUCUUGCAUGGGUCCAUGGCUUUGAAGAGAAUGAUAAUAAUGCAAGGAUAGCUUUA